UGUGCCAUUCGCUCACCCAACCUUUGGGUGAUCCUGAUUUCCUAAGUUCACAAGAGAUUCCAAACCACAAGACCAGAACAGCGCAGCGUGCUAUGCUAACACGUGGUGGGCUAGUUUGUGGUUCGAUGGCCGGCGUGAACUCCUCUUCGCUGGGCCUGGCUCCUUGGUGGGAAGCUGAGAGAACACAACUUACCCAAUGCUGCCAUAUGGCAGCACGGAACAUGCUUGUGCUUUACGGCAGCCAGACAGGAACUGCCCAAGACGCUGCUGAGAGGCUUGGUCGGGAAGCCAAGCGACACCAUUUUCAGUGUAAGGUUGAGGCCCUGGACAACUACCAGGUGGCAAACCUGGUCCAUGAGCCACUGGUGGUAUUUGUUUGUGCGACCACAGGACAAGGAGACCCGCCAGAUAAUAUGAAGAAUUUCUGGAAGUUCAUAUUCAGGAAGAACUUGCCUCCCACUUCCCUGUGUCAGAUGGACUAUGCUGUUCUGGGGCUUGGCGAUUCCUCAUAUCCCAAGUUCAACUUUAUUGCCAAAAAACUGCACAGGCGGCUUCUUCAGCUUGGGGGCAGCCCCCUUGCGCCAGCUGCAUUGGGAGAUGACCAGCAUGACUUGGGACCAGAUGCAGUUAUUGACCCCUGGCUGUUGAGCUUAUGGGAAAAGAUCUUAGCACUGUAUCCUCUUCAUUCUGGCCUCCAUGUGAUUAGUCCCGAUAUCCUAUUGCCACCCAAGUACACCUUUCAGCAAGUGGAUGAGGCCUCUGGUGACCUCAGCAGGACAUUUCUGCAACCAGAUGAUGCAUUUAGCGGUGUUCCCUCAGAGGCAAACUCUUUCUCUGCCCAGAUGGUGUCCAAUCAGAGGGUGACAUCAGAAUCCCAUUUCCAAGAUGUGCGUCUCAUUGAAUUUGAUGUCACUGGCUCUGGAAUCGAGUAUGUUGCAGGUGAUGUUGUGAUGAUCCAGCCCCGCAAUGGUCUUGAGGAGGUACGCCUUUUCUGUAAUCUCCUGCACCUGGACCCAGAUGCCUGCUUCGUGCUGAGGCCGACAGAGGCAGGUACUCCUCUACCUGCUCAUCUGCCCCAGCCAUUCACAGUCCAUCACCUGGUGGCCCACUACCUUGACAUAACCUGCGUCCCCCGUCGCUCCUUCUUUGAGUUUCUGUCCCACUUCUCUCCAAAUGAGCUAGAGCGAAGUAAGCUGCAGGAAUUCAGCUCAGCCCAAGGCCAGGAGGAGCUUUACGCUUACUGCAACCGGCCCCGCAGGACCAUCCUCGAGGUCCUCUGCGACUUCCCUCACACGACUUGUGCCAUUCCAUGCAAUUAUCUGCUAGACCUCAUUCCGCGGAUCAGACCCCGUGCUUUUUCAAUUGCUUCCUCAAUGCUGAUGCAUCCCAAUCGAAUUCAGAUCCUCCUGGCCGUGGUGCAUUACAAGACUUGUCUCAGUAAAGCUCGGCAUGGCCUGUGUUCCACGUGGCUGGCCUCUCUCAGUCCACAGAAUGAGAUGGUACGGGUUCCUCUGUGGGUGAAGAAAGGGAUGCUGAAAUUCCCAGUGGACCCUGGCACUCCAGUAGUCAUGAUUGGGCCUGGCACUGGAGUGGCUGUUUUUAGAGCAGCGAUACAGGAGCGAGUUGCCCAGGGCAAAACAGGAGGGAACUGUCUGUUCUUUGGCUGUCGAAAGAAAGCUAAAGAUUUUUACUGCCAGGCAGAAUGGGAGGAACUGGUGAAGAGGGGACUCCUAACGGUCUUUGUGGCCUUUUCCCGGGAUCAGGAAGAGAAGAUUUAUGUCCAGCACCGUAUCAGAGAGAACAAGGAGCUUGUGUGGGAACUGGUGAAGCACAGGAAGGCCCAGAUCUACCUAGCCGGAAAUGCCAAGCAGAUGCCGGAGGCAGUGGCAGAAGCACUGAAGUUUGUCUUCCAGUCAGAAGGAGGCCUCUCUGCUCCAGAAGCGGAGGAGUAUCUUGCCCGCUUGGCACAGACCCACCGCUUCCAAGCUGAGACCUGGUCUUGAGCUGCCAUGGAUCGGGGAUGGAUGGGGAAGCUUCUCACCAAGGACUGAACCAGUGUAGCCAGAGGGGUGGCCACCACCUGUAAUCAAGCCAGGCCAUCUGAGCCAUCCACAGCUUGGCUUGUGCCCUUCGGUGCGAGGAGGGUUGGUGGGAAUGCUUUGUCGGUGUCCACAGAUCGUUUUUCUCUUCCUCCGAAUGGGGCUGGCAGUUGAGCCUUGGGCCGUGAGCAAGAGAAUCCUGGGAAGCUCCCCAGCUGUAGUCAGGACAUGGACUGGGAAGCCCCUCGCCCUGUGGCAUCUGAGGGGUGCCCUGGUAGUGGCGGGACUGCAGUGGUUUUGGUCUUGCAAGAGAAGACACAGAGGAGCUCUACCGAAUCGGCCUAAA